AUGGGUCGAACGUUCCGUAACAUCCAUAUUGCGUCCACCAAUGAUUUCCCAGGCGAAAAGAACGACAAGAUCAAAGGGUGGAUCGAGCACAAUGGCGGCACCUUCAGCAAAGAAAUAUCCAAGGAGGUCACGCAUCUCAUUGCCAGUCAGAAGGCCUGGAAGCAUUACCACCCACUAGUCAAAGAAGCUCGUCGUCACCGCACUGUCCGCAUCGUCCCACUUGAGUGGUUGGAGGAUAGCCUUCUGAGCAAAUCGAAACGUCCCCUCGACACGACCAAGUACGAGUUCGAGCAGCACCAUCUCCCAAAGACCACACGGAAAAGGAAAGCAGCUCUGGAGGAGGAUAGCGAAAAGCAAGCCGUACCUGGCAACAUCAGCACAAGCAAGCUUGGAGAGCAAAUGCCACAAUUGAAGGCAGAGAAAAUGACGGGCAAGCAACAACCCAAGAAACGGAAGAUCAUGAAAGAGAAGUCAAAGAAGCAGGAUUUGCCACUCAGCAAAGACGAACGCAUUGAAAUCUCUGGCAAGGAAUUGGACGCUGCAUGUGCCGAGUUCGAGAAAGAAAUGGGCGUUUCCGGCUACCGCCCUUACGUUGACAGCAAUGGGUUCGUCUUCCUCAUCACGCUGGUCAGGAAGGACAUUUUGAAGAAUCGGCUUGAGAAACAUCGACUCAAGGUGCGUUAUGCACCUGACUUUGCCUCCCACCGUAGCACCUUCUACCCGAUCAUGCCUGAAAACCCAGAUCACCGCCGCAAGGUCUCGGAUGAUGCUGUAUCCACUGGCACUUACGAAGAGCAAUGGUUUUCGCGUGCCAGUGCGAAUCAUGCUUUUGGAAGAGGCUAUCUUUCGCAGCUGCAAGCUAGCUUGCCAGCUUGCCCUGUGCCGUUGUAUUACUUCCCCAAGCCAUAUCCCUACUCCCAGUAUCCGGUCGUUGCAAGUUCUCUUCCCCGAUCCCUCAGACCAUCCAACCCUGCAUUGCGAGUCCGUAUUCCGGACCCAUGGGCUCAGGGAUUGCAGCUUUUCGAAUACGACCCUUCAAUUGCAACGACCUCAACAUCAGAUUCCGCCGCUCCCAAUUCGAACCAGCCGAAAUUCAAGUCGUACGCCUGUUACUUCAUCUACUCUCGACCAGGUCAACGCCACGUACAGAUGCUCGCCCCACCUGGCAGCACGUUCGAUUUUGCCUGGGACAUGUUUCGCAAAAUUUUCGAGAAGCGAGUCGGAGUGGAUUGGGAGAAGCGUGAGAAUGCGAAGAGACAUCUCCAGCCGGAUCAGGGACAGGACGACAAAUGUGGUGGGGAAGAUGGCGCAAACGAUCGGCGAUGGGAGUUCUGGGGACCGUUGGUGGCCAGUCGAGAGAAGACGGACCUUGAUGAGAAAGUCCCACCAGUUGAAGGAAUGGAGUCACGACCGAGUGUGACUGUGGUCAUCAACACAGCCAGGCUCACUGCUGCAGAAGCAAUCGACGCCCAGUCCAGGACACCACCAGCAGGCUGGUGA